AUGUCCUCAUUUUCGAGACAAGGUUUACCUCACUCCCCCCCUUUAAAUUGGAACAAAAUAUCGGUAAAAUUUCCACUUUUUUGGUAAAUUAACCCCCCUUUAAAUUGGAACAAAAUUUAAUUUUAUAAUAAAAAAUUAUAUAUGAUUUUUUUCUAAAAAGUUUUGAUAUAAGUUAAAUGUUUCUUCUUAACUAAAAUUAAAAAUUUAGUUAUAUCUUGCUCUUUUUUAAAGAAAAAAGUAUAAAGAGCAUCUUAUUUAAAUAAAUUUAUUAUCCUUAAUUGCUAAAUUUUUAAAAAAAAUUAAUUUUUUUUUUUUAAAAAUUUUUUAUUUAAACAAAAUUAGCACUUUGAUCGAUAAAUUUUCUAAAAUUUUUUUUUUUUAAUUUUUUUAUCAAUAAAAAUAAUAAUUUUUGUGUAAAUAAUUUUGAUACCAAUUAAUAUUGGCGUAUUAACUAAUAAUGAAAAUUUAGUUAUAUCUUGCUUUUUUUUAAAGGAUAAAGAGUAAUAUUAUUUUAUUAAACAAAUUUAUUGAUCUAAUUCGAUAUGUUUUGAAAUUUUUUUUUUUACAAAAAAUUUUAUAUUGAUAUUUUUUUUUUAAAAAAAAAAAUUAACCCCCCUUUAAAUUGGAACAAAAUUUUUAGUUCCAAUUUAAAGGGGGGAGUCAGAAAAAAGGCUCUUCAGACAAAAAUGUAAUAAUUUCACAAGAAAGAAACCAUUAUAGACUCGGAGGGUCCUGAAGAGCUCCACAUCCACAAUUAGUCAAAGUUAUCAAGAAAUUAAAUCCACCAAGCCCAUGUAAAUUAGUUAGAGACAAAGAGCAGCCUAUUUCAGGCAGCAUAUUAAGGGCUAUUGCAGUUAUUGAUGAGCCAGAAACUAAUGCUCCUCCAAAAAUACCAGAAAAAGAAGUGACUACGCAAAGUAAAAAGUCGCUGUCUUUUUCUCUGGAAAAUAGCUCUAUUCUGAAAAGACGAGUUAAUCGUGUUGGAAUACAAUAA